CUUUAUCUUCACCAUUCUUCUAAUUUUCAACUCCUUUUCUUGUAUACCAACCAUGGCACCAUUCCAAGUACCUUCAAUGGAAAACACCGAGAAAUUUGUGAAAAUCAAAACCCUAAGCAAAUCCCAAGUCAAACCCGAGAAAACCAUUGGGAGGAAAGAAUUCCAAUUGGUCACAUUUGAUCUUCCUUACAUAGCCUUUUUCUACAACCAAAAGUUGCUCAUUUACAAAGGCUAUGAAGGUAAGUUUGAUGAAGUGGUGGCUAAAUUAAAAGACUCCCUAGGGGUGGUUUUGGAAGAUUUCUAUCAGCUGGCCGGAAAGCUGGGGAAAGACGAGGAAGGUGUUUUCCGAGUCGAGUAUGAUGAUAACAUGGACGGGGCCGAGGUGGUGGUGGCCGAUGCCGAGGAGAUUCUGGUGUCGGAGCUGCUGGGAGAGGACGCAGCUAGUAAGCUUAAGGAGCUUGUUCCUUAUAAUGGAAUCUUGAACUUGGAAGGACUUUAUAGGCCUCUCUUGGCCGUGCAGCUAACUAAACUGCAAGAUGGGCUAGCAAUUGGUUGUGCAUUUAAUCACGCUAUCUUAGAUGGAACCUCCACGUGGCACUUCAUGAGAUCCUGGUCCGAGAUCUGUCGUGGACCAGGGCAAUUGAUCUCGGUUCAGCCUUUCCUCGACCGUACCGAGGUCAGGAACACUAAAGUAAAGUUGGAAUUGCCUGAAAAGUCGGGCCCAACUAUUCCUGAUGCAAUCAAGUUUGUGGGCCCGACUCUUCGCGAAAAGAUUUUCAAGUUUUCGGAAUCCGCCAUCGAGAGGAUCAAGUCUGAUGUCAAUGCCGACAGCUCCGAUGAUUCUAAGUCGUUCUCGACUUUCCAGGCUCUUUCUUCGCACCUUUGGCGAGCCGUCACAAGAGCCCGUCAGCUCAAGCCCGAGGAUCCAACCGUUUUCAUCGUGUUUGCUGAUUGUAGGAAACGGGUUGACCCGCCCAUGCCCGAUUCGUAUUUUGGGAACCUCAUCCAGGCCAUUUUCACUGGGACUGCAACCGGUCUACUCUUGGCCCACCCGAAGGAUUUCGGAGCAUCCAUGAUUCAAAAAGCGAUAUAUGCCCAUGAUUCUAAGGCGAUACAGGAACGAAACACGGAGUUUGAGAACAACCCGAAGAUUUUCCAAUUCAAGGACGCGGGCAUGAACGUUGUGGCAAUUGGGAGCUCGCCCCGAUUCAAGGUAUAUGAAGUGGAUUUCGGGUUUGGAAACCCGGAGAGUGUUCGAAGCGGGGCGAAUAACCGUUUUGAUGGGAUGGUUUAUUUGUACCCGGGAAAGAAUGGUGAGAAAAGUAUCGACGUGGAGAUCAGCUUGGAGAUUGGGGCAAUGGAAAGGCUUGAGAAAGAUAACGAGUUUUUAAUGGAAGAAAUAUGAAUUAAUUUAGAUAUAGACAGGGAACUUUAUUUAUUUAUGUAAGGUUGUCUUAUUUAUAAUUAACUAAAUUUGUAGGGAUAAUGUUUGUUGGUGUACUUUGUAUUGUAUUUGUGUCUAAUCUUUGUUUUUUCUUUAA